AUGGACACCAGGGGAACGGCCACAUUAAGGUGUGAGGCCAUGGGAUUCCAGCCCAGGGAUGUCCACUUCACCUGGAAAGUCAAUGACCAGGAGACAGCCCUUCCCUCCCAGUCUGGACCAGCCACACUCCACGGGAAUGGGACCUACACUUCCAGCAGCUUCUUAAAGGUUCCAGUCCGGGAAUGGGAUUCCGGAUCCACAUUCACCUGUCUCGUUCAACACCUCUCCUCCUCAACACCACGGACACAGAGUCUCAGCAAACAGGACGUGCCCCCUUCCUCUCCUCCCUCGGUCUACCUUCAGUACCCGCCCCCGGGGGAGAUCUCGGCCGGUGCCCCCACCAGCCUGCUGUGCCUGGUCACCGGAUUCUACCCUCCCCCCGUCCAGAUCUCCUGGUAUCUGGACGGCAGCAAAGUGCUGUCAGGAAUCAGCGAGUGGCCUCUGUCCAGAGACCUCCAGGACCGAUACACCAGCGUCAGUCGAUUGGAGACCAGCGUCCGGGAUUGGGUGGACACUGAGCGCUAUCGCUGCGUUGUUUCUCACCGGACACUGUCACAGCCCAUCGCCAAGGAGGUCAGCACGAGCGCUCGAUACCCCACAGCCCCCACCCUCUACAUCCUCCCCCCAACCUACGCUGAGAUGGACACCAGGGGAACGGCCACAUUAAGGUGUGAGGCCAUGGGAUUCCAGCCCAGGGAUGUCCACUUCACCUGGAAAGUCAAUGACCAGGAGACAGCCCUUCCCUCCCAGUCUGGACCAGCCACACUCCACGGGAAUGGGACCUACACUUCCAGCAGCUUCUUAAAGGUUCCAGUCCGGGAAUGGGAUUCCGGAUCCACAUUCACCUGUCUCGUUCAACACCUCUCCUCCUCAACACCACGGACACAGAGUCUCAGCAAACAGGACGUUUCAGCUGACAUGAAGGUUCCUGUGGUCCAGGUGAUGGAUAUCGAGCAGCAGGAAGCCUCUGGCAAUGGAUCCACCAGCACCCUGGCCUGUUUUGUGUCUGGUUUCUACCCAGGAGACAUCUACCUGACAUGGAGAUCGCAGGGCAGUGAGGUGACAGACGGAGUGACCACCUUCCCAGUGACCAUGGACAGUGAGGGGACUUUCCAUGUGGUCAGUCAGCUCUCUGUCCCGACAGAAACCAGGGAGAGAGGCCAGAUCUUCAGCUGUGUGGUGGGACACCAAUCCUUAAAGGAACGGAUAGACCGACCAGUCAGAAAGGAACCAGUUCGACCUCCGACCCCUCCCUCCAUCCGGAUAAUUCCUCCAUCAAUCCGGGAGAUCCUGACCAAUCAGACGGCCACGUUGAGCUGUGUUGCUACGCUGUUCUACCCGGCAACAAUCUGGUUCCGGUGGUUCCGGGCUCAGUCUGACAUGUCGGAUCAUUCCCAGACAUCGCUCCCUGUUGGGAAUCUGGACGGGACCUCCAGCAGCAGAAGCAUCUUAAGAGUGACAGCCGAGGAGUGGAGUUCAGGCAGCAGUUAUACCUGUCAGGUCGCACACGAGGCAUUGGCAACCCCACUCAGCCGCUCUGUCAGUGUCCGAGACAUUUCAGCUGACAUGAAGGUUCCUGUGGUCCAGGUGAUGGAUAUCGAGCAGCAGGAAGCCUCUGGCAAUGGAUCCACCAGCACCCUGGCCUGUUUUGUGUCUGGUUUCUACCCAGGAGACAUCUACCUGACAUGGAGAUCGCAGGGCAGUGAGGUGACAGACGGAGUGACCACCUUCCCAGUGACCACGGACAGUGAGGGGACUUUCCAUGUGGUCAGUCAGCUCUCUGUCCCGACAGAAACCAGGGAGAGAGGCCAGAUCUUCAGCUGUGUGGUGGGACACCAAUCCUUAAAGGAACCCUUAGACCGACCAGUCAGAAAGGAACCAGUUCGACCUCCGACCCCUCCCUCCAUCCGGAUAAUUCCUCCAUCGAUCCGGGAGAUCCUGACCAAUCAGACGGCCACGUUGAGCUGUGUUGCUACGCUGUUCUACCCGGCGACAAUCAGGUUCCGGUGGUUCCGGGCUCAGUCUGACAUGUCGGAUCAUUCCCAGACAUCGCUCCCCGUUGGGAAUCUGGACGGGACCUCCAGCAGCAGAAGCAUCUUAAGAGUGACAGCCGAGGAGUGGAGUUCAGGCGGCAGUUAUACCUGUCAGGUCGCACACGAGGCAUUGGCAACCCCACUCAGCCGCUCUGUCAGUGUCCGAGACAUUUCAGCUGAGCUGAAGGUUCCUGUGGUCCAGGUGAUGGAUAUUGAGCAGCAGGAAGCCUCUGGCAAUGAAUCCACCAGCACCCUGGCCUGUUUUGUGUCUGGUUUCUACCCAGGAGACAUCUACCUGACAUGGAGAUCCCAGGACAGUGAGGUGACAGACGGAGUGACCACCUUCCCAGUGACCACGGACAGUGAGGGGACUUUCCAUGUGGUCAGUCAGCUCUCUGUCCCGACAGAAACCAGGGAGAGAGGCCAGAUCUUCAGCUGUGUGGUGGGACACCAAUCCUUAAAGGAACGGAUAGACCGACCAGUCAGAAAGGAACCAGUUCGACCUCCGACCCCUCCCUCCAUCCGGAUAACUCCUCCAUCGAUCCGGGAGAUCCUGACCAAUCAGACGGCCACGUUGAGCUGUGUUGCUACGCUGUUCUACCCGGCGACAAUCUGGUUCCGGUGGUUCCAGGCUCAGUCUGACAUGUCGGAUCAUUCCCAGACAUCGCUCCCUGUUAGGAAUCUGGACGGGACCUCCAGCAGCAGAAGCAUCUUAAGAGUGACAGCCGAGGAGUGGAGUUCAGGCGGCAGUUAUACCUGUCAGGUCACACACGAGGCAUUGGCAACCCCACUCAGCCGCUCUGUCAGUGUCCAAGACAUUUCAGCUGAGCUGAAGGUUCCUGUGGUCCAGGUGAUGGAUAUCGAGCAGCAGGAAGCCUCUGGCAAUGAAUCCACCAGCACCCUGGCCUGUUUUGUGUCUGGUUUCUACCCAGGAGACAUCUACCUGACAUGGAGAUCGCAGGGCAGUGAGGUGACAGACAGAGUGACCACCUUCCCAGUGACCACGGACAGUGAGGGGACUUUCCAUGUGGUCAGUCAGCUCUCUGUCCCGACAGAAACCAGGGAGAGAGGCCAGAUCUUCAGCUGUGUGGUGGGACACCAAUCCUUAAAGGAACGGAUAGACCGACCAGUCAGAAAGGAACCAGGAAUAUUCAGGGUCCUGGGACAACCAGCUUGGCUGUGGACUAUCACCGCAGUCGGUGCUCUGACCGUCUAUACAGUCAUCCUAAUCGUCAUCGUCACCUACAGCACCACGGCUUGUUCAAAGAGGGGAAAAGGUGAGUAG